AUGCUUAAAUAGCAACCUUAAUCAGCAAAGAGUGGAAAUGCUAUCAAAUAAAAAAAAGAAACGUUAGAAAGAUUUGCUUAUUGCAAUAGUUAAUAAUUAUUUCAAAACAAUAUUUUUGAUUUGAGAUAAUUUAUAAAAUAGAAUUAUGAAAAAUAUUGUGAAUUAUUAGACAGAGUAGAGAAUGUAAAAUAAACAGUGAAAUAAAAAAGAGAAAGUUUAGAAUAAUAGAGAAAUAAAUCAGAGAGUAAAACAAAUAAACCUAGAGCAAAUUUAUGUGUACUAGAUGAAUUGUCUUAAUUAAAGAGAUAAAUAGAAAAUAAGUAAUUUACAAAUAAUGAAUUGAAAUGUUAAUUAGAGUAAAUGAAUCAAUGGACAAAGAAAUAAGACUUCUUUUAAGAAUAUUAAGAGAUUUGUAAAUAAGUUGAGGAUUUAAGAAUAUAAAAUGAUUAAUUAUUAAAAGCAUGA